GAAGAUAUUGUGGAGAUCUCAGAACCCUAACUAACGUAUCUUGUUCUUUAACAUCUUCCAUUAGAAUACCCAAAAGAGGAAAAGCCAUAGGUUUAGUUCAAUGGAUAAUUAUCUUUGGGAGAUCUUUAGUUGUAAACAAAAUAUUGAACAAGAUCAUGAUCAUCAUCAUCACCAGCUACUUCACAUUCCUAAUUUCCAAUUAAAUGGAUUUUGCCAACAAGACCAAAUCCCUAAUCAAGAUCUUAUAGGUGGUCCUCGCGAAAUUUCUUCAUUCAACAACAAUAAUAAUUACGCCUCAGUCCCAACAACUCCGUCUUCUGUCAAUAGAAGGCAAGAAAUUACUAUAAGUAGUAAUGAUGAUUCCAAGAAAGUUGUGCACAGAAAUGUUGAAAGGCAUAGAAGGCAAGAAAUGGCAAAUCUUCUUACUUCUCUUAGAUCCCUUUUUCCCCUUGAGUUUAUCAAGGGUAAACGUUCAGCAUCAGAUCACAUGCAAAUAGCUGUGAAUUAUAUAAGGCAUCUUCAGAAGAAUAUAGAAGAGUUAGACAAUAGAAGAAAACAAAUCAAGAAUUCAUUGGAUAAUUUGGGUGCUAAAAAUGGAAGUUCUUCAGCAAGUUAUGUGCACAACAAUUUUGUGACAGUAAACAUAUGUCAAGAUGGUAUGGAGAUUUUGAUUAAUGUCAAUAGUCAUAAAGAGGAAAUGUUUCCUUUGUCCAAAGUGCUAAGAUGGCUACUCCUAGAAGGGCUAAAUGUCGUUAGUUGUGUUAACUCCAAACAAGAUGAAUGGACUUUGAUCAGGAUUCAAUGUCAGGUAUGAAAAAUUAAAUGUCACAUAUUGAGUAAUCCAAGUAUUAUUGGUUAGGGUUUCUAUCCUAGUUUUUUCAUUAGUAUAAUUUCUUCUCCAUCUUAUAUGGCACACUUUUCUUUUAGUAUGUUCAAAAGAUUAUGGAACUUUUAUAUAUGUUGAAACUUUUUAAUUUUAAACUUUCUAUUUCAUCUUUUAUGAGUUGCUCUUACCACCUAAAAACAUCAUAAUAUAUUUAAGACCAUAAGUUCCCACGAUAAUUUUGGUAUGUAGCAAUUGUCUUUUUUUUUUACCUCAAACUGCAUGCGCAGUCAAACACCGCUCAUGCCCUAUUCUUCAGGUGCUUAGUUCACUCUUUAUGGGCGGUUAC